AUAGCAGAACACAUACUAUAUAAGACUCCUUGUAAUUAGGACUUCAAACUAAUCUUCAACUAAUAGAAACCUUGAGUUUAAAUCUUGAUGGUCUGUCUUCCAGCUUCAAAUGGUGAUCCCCGAAAUCCAAGUUCUUUGCAAUACAUUGAUCCAUCAGGCAGAUCAAACUCAUAUCAGCAGGCUAUUAUGGAAGUAGGAGAGGUCAUCCAGUUUUAUGACUCUGAUAAGCGAUUUCCUGCCUGGGGUUUUGGAGGAAGAACAUCGGAUGGCUCUGUGUCCCAUGCUUUAAACUUGAAUGGAGCAUCAUAUGGCGACGAGGUUGUUGUAGUUGAAGGAAUCAUGGCAGCUUAUGCGAGUUCUCUUCGCAAUGUUGCUCUAGCGGGACCAACUCUAUUCAGCCAUGUGGUUGACAAGGCUGCUCAUACUGCUUCACAGUCACUCUCACAAAACAGUCCAAAGUACUAUGUUCUGCUCAUCAUUACAGUAAGAGACCGAGAACUCAGAUGCGAUGGAGUCCUUAUAGACAUGGCGGGUACAGUAGACGCAUUGGUGAGAGCUUCUGAUCUCCCGUUGUCAGUUCUUAUAGUCGGUGUGGGAAACACAGACUUCAGACAAAUGGAGAUACUUGAUGCUGAUAAUGGUCGCCGGUUAGAGAGUUCUACCGGUAGGAUAGCUACACGGGACAUCGUUCAAUUCGUGCCUAUGAAAGACAUCCAUAGUGGACAAGUGUCAGUGGUGCAGGCACUUCUAGAAGAACUUCCCGGUCAAUUUCUGAGCUAUGUCCGUUCCAGAAAUAUCAAUCCGGUCGGCGCUCCUGCAAUUUGAGUUCACCGCAUAGUCUAUUUUCAUUUAUUUUGCUAGCAUAGUUCAACAUGCUCUCAAUUUACUUAAUUUGGAAAAACAAAUGAAGGAAAACAUAUAAGAAAUUGCUAAAGCAUGUAUAUAAUUAUACAUUUAUAGCAUAAAUGCAUCACCGUAGCAUCAUUUUUCUUGUA